AAGAUCGGUCUUGAGGACACUUUUUUGCUCCACCAUCAGCGUAUCAAAAUACUAAUCUCAAAAUAUAGACCUAGCUCAAGAGGCCCGCUAUAAUUGUCUAAGCCCGUGGCCAUGAGCUCGGCCCACACAAAAGCAUCUAACGAACCACCGUUGUCCUCACCUCUACCAACCCCUCUACCUUGUAAGUUGUUGUAUCCUCGUCAGAGAGAUUGAGAUUACUCUGUCUAUCCCUUUGGUAAUUUGUACUUGAAACAACAACAAUUUUAUCGACAGAAGCAUGAUUUCGAUUUUCAAAUUUUACCAAAACGCUUAAUUGUGAUUUCAAUACUGUGUUUUCAAAAUUACAGCUAACCCAAAUGGAUACUUUGGUUGGUAACCCAUUGCAACUCGCUCCGAUCAUAUAUUGAUCGGUGGGAGUUCUCAUCCAUGUGGUUUUGUAUACUGCUACUACACAGUAUUGGACAAACUCGAGUUUCACCCUGCAAGAGAGAGAGAGAGAGAGGGGGGGAGAUAUGGUGUCUUGGGCACAAUAGCUAAGAUGAAACCCGCAAUCAAUCUAUAUAUAUGAGUAAUGAGUAUAGAAUGGCAGUGUAGAACAUUUUACGUUUAUUAUUGUUGUUAUUGAGUAUUUGGUUUUUGGGGUUGUAGAAAUUGUUGUAUUGUGCCACUGCUGCAUUGGCUGUGAAUUGUGAUUCACGGCAGGGAGACUCCAAAGCUGGUCUAUAAAUGAGUAGUGCUGUGAAGUUUUGAGAUUGAUUUUUGGAGGAUAUUCGUAUUUUAUAUAUGUGAUGGGAAUAGUAGAGAUGAUGAAGGAAUUGGGGAAGGCAAUGCAGUUCAUUUGCUCCCUUGAAUUCUGGAGAAUGGCGGUGUUUUGGACGCUAUCUCUUCUCGUCUCUUAUUGGCACCUUCUGUUUGCUCCAAAAUCCAAGUCCUUCCCACGUUGUGCUCCUGCAGCCACUCCGAUCAAGCCUGUUUGCAUUAUCACCGGCGCUACAUCAGGGUUGGGUGCUGCCGCUGCUUAUGCUCUUUCAAAGGAAGGCUUCUGUGUUGUUCUUGUUGGACGGUCCUCCCAUUUGUUAUCAAAGACUGUGGGAGAGAUAAAAAGUUUGAAUAAGGAUGCCCAUCUCAAAGCUUUUCAGGUUGAUAUGUCAUCCUUCCAGUCGAUAUUCAACUUUAAAGGCUCCCUUCAACAGUGGCUGUUCGAUUCAAAUAUGCAUCCUUCGGUCCAAUUAUUGAUUAACAAUGCUGGGAUACUAGCUACAUCAUAUAGACUCACAGCUGAAGGCUAUGAUCAGAUGAUGGCUACAAAUUACAUCGGUGCAUUCUGUUUGACCAAAAUUUUACUACCACUUCUCAGUAAUAGUCCUGUUCCUUCCCGGAUUGUGAAUGUUACAUCCUUUACUCAUCGAAAUGUUUUUAAUAUGCAGGUUGACAAGGAAACUGUUUCAGGGAACUGCUUCUCAAGAACCAAACCAUAUCCAUGUGCUCGUAUUUAUGAGAAUUCUAAAUUAUGCCUACUGCUGUUCUCCUAUGAACUUCACCGACAACUUAGCUCGAUGGAAAAAUCUCAUCGGGUCUCUGUCAUUGCUGUGGAUCCUGGAGUAGUGGAAACCAAAAUUAUGCGAGAGGUUCCUUCCUGCCUUUCUUGUGUAGCAUUUACAGUCUUGAAGCUUCUCAGCCUUUUGCAAUCACCUGAAAAAGGGAUAAGAUCUGUUCUUGAUGCAGCCCUUGCUCCACCAGACAUAUCUGGAGUAUACCUUUUUGGUGGAAAGGGUAGAACCGUUAACUCUUCAGCGCUUUCGCAAAACAGAAAACUUGCACAGGAACUUUGGACCACUUCAUGUGAUCUAUUUUUGCAGUCACAGCUUGCUGUUAAGGUUAAGGAAACUUCCACUUCCACAUGAGUAUUUGAUUGUAAUAGGGAGGAAUUCUGUUUAUCAACCAAAAGAAGAGAGAGAAUAUGGAUUUGAAAUGGUGGCAGUUAGCUAAGCUUGCGGUUGCAUCAAGUGGGUUGAUGGCAAGUUCCUUGAGAUAUGUUCUCAGUUGGUCAAUCUUUUUGCAUCAUGGAUUUUGUGAUAGAUGCAAAGCUGUAAUUGGAACAAUGUUUACAUUAGUUAAUUCUUUGUGAAAGCUUCGAGGGCUUUUCAGAAAUCAUGGUUCUUUAAAAGCAGGAUUAGAAAAGAAAUGGUGGAAGGACACAGCAACAAAAGCCAAAUGGAGACAUCGUUGUUUGUGGGUAAUAGUCGAGACACAAGUGGAACUGGCCAAGCCCAUAUUAACAAGAUUUAGGACAUGAGUUUUCACUAAGAAAUCUGAAAAAAGUAGAUGUUACAGUCAGUUACAAGUUCAUUGUUUUUGUAUCAAGACUGAGCAAUAAGAGGGCAGCAUGAAAGUGACUGCUGUGCUGUAGCAAUAUUUAUGUAAAUGCCAUCUCUUAUGUGAA